CAGAACGAACAUUCUAGUUUGGAGGUGUGCGACGAUCAUCAUUCGCUUUGUCAGUUUAUCUGAAAGCAUUUUGUUCUUUCGUUCGAUAAAAAUUAAUUUACUCUUAAUAAUUGUUUAAAAACAUUGUGUCUUGAACUUUUAGUGUAUAGUAAAAUGAGGUACAAGUGGAUCCUGCUUUUAGGAGCCGUUCUGUGUUCAGGUUGGGUUCAAGCUGACGCUGAUGCCGACCCAGGUAGCGAUUUUGUUGAAGCAACCGUAACGGAUGAUCUAGCUAGUGUGAAGAGAGGAUCUAAGACUGAUGAUGAGUUAGUAGCGCGCUCAGAGGAGGCGAUUCUCCUCGACGAGUUGAAUGUGUCUCAGAUGAAGGAGCUGAGGGAGAAAGCCAAGGUGUUCGCUUUUGAGGCUGAGGUCAAUCGCAUGAUGAAACUCAUCAUCAAUUCGCUCUACAGGAAUAAGGAGAUCUUCUUGAGAGAAUUGAUUUCAAACGCUUCUGAUGCUCUGGAUAAAAUCAGAAUCCUGUCACUAACAGAUCCAAGUGUUCUAUCAGCAUUACCUGAGCUCGUCAUCAGGAUAAAGGUUGAUAAGGAGAAGAAAAUCCUGCACAUUGCUGACUCCGGUAUUGGUAUGACGAAGAACGAUCUGGUGGCGAAUUUGGGAACUAUCGCCAAAUCGGGAACAGCCGAGUUUCUGAGCAAAAUGCAGGAGGCUGGGUCCCAGGGCCAGGACACCAACGAUAUGAUUGGCCAGUUCGGUGUUGGAUUUUACUCGGCUUUUCUUGUGGCGGACAAAGUGGUGGUAACCACAAAGCAUAAUGAUGACUCACAACUGAUUUGGGAGUCUGACGCUGGCAGUUACUCUGUGGUCGAGGAUCCCAGGGGAGACACUCUCAAACGAGGAUCUGUUAUCAGCCUGCACCUGAAGGACGAAGCAACCGAAUAUUUGGAAAUCGAUUCUCUGAAGGCGAUUAUCAAGAAGUACUCUCAGUUCAUCAACUUCCCCAUUUUCCUGUGGUCGAGUAAGACUGUCAAGGUCGAGGAGCCAAUCGAGGAGGAUGAAGCCAAAUCCGAAGACGAGGACAAACCUGAAGAGGGUGAUGAAGACGAGAAAGAGGAUGCGGUGGAGGUGGAAGAAGACAAGGACAAAGAGGACAAACCGAAGAAGAGAGAAGUAGAGAAGACCGUCUGGGAUUGGCAAGUGGUCAAUGAUAGCAAGCCUAUAUGGACUCGCAAGCCAGCAGACGUUGUUGAGAAGGAAUACAACGAGUUCUACGUGGCACUGACCAAGGACCACCAGACACCACUGGGCAAAAUCCACUUUGUGGCCGAGGGAGAGGUGACUUUCAAGUCGCUGCUGUAUGUGCCCCGGGUUCAGCCCAGUGAUAGCUUCAACCGAUACGGCACUAGCACUGACAAUAUCAAGUUGUACGUCCGACGCGUGUUCAUCACAGACGAGUUCGCAGACAUGUUGCCCAAGUACCUGGCGUUCAUACGGGGUGUGGUCGACUCUGACGAUCUGCCUCUGAACGUGUCUCGUGAGACGCUGCAGCAGCACAAACUGCUCAAGGUCAUCAAGAAGAAGUUGGUGCGCAAGGUGCUCGACAUGAUCAAGAAGUUGGAAGACAAGGACAUGGAGUCGUUCUGGGCUGAGUAUUCUACCAAUGUCAAACUGGGAGUUAUCGAAGACCCCAGCAACCGAUCUCGUCUCUCGAAACUGCUUCGCUUCCAGACAUCGCACGGUGAGAAGUUGGUAACACUGUCAGACUACAUUUCCCGUAUGAAGCCCAAGCAGGACAUCAUCUACUACAUUGCUGGUGCUAGUCGCCAAGAGGUGGAGAAAUCGCCGUUCGUCGAGAGGCUGCUGAAGAAGAAGUACGAGGUGCUCUACCUGGUGGAAGCCAUCGACGAGUACACCCUGAACGCCCUUCCCGAGUUCGAGGGCAAGAAGUUCCAGAACGUGGCCAAGGAAGGAUUCAAGCUGGCCGAGGAAGAGAAGAAACUGGAAGCGCUCACCGACAAAUUCGCGCCGCUCACAAAGUGGUUGAACGACAAGGGACUGAAGGACAAGAUCUCGAAGGCCGAGGUUUCAAUGCGGUUGACAGAUUCGCCCUGUGCUUUGGUGGCGUCCAUGUUUGGAUGGACUGGUAACAUGGAGAGGCUGGCGGUCUCCAACGCCCACCAGAAAACUGACGAUCCUCAGAGGAAGUUCUACCUCAACCAGAAGAAAACACUCGAGAUCAACCCCAGACAUCCUCUCAUUAAGGAACUGCAGAAACGUGUUGCCGACAACCCUGAAGAUCCUCAAGCAACGGAGAUCGCUUUAAUGAUGUUCCGCACAGCUACACUGCGGUCAGGGUAUCUGUUACAGGACACUGCAGAGUUUGCUCAGAGUGUGGAGAAGAUGAUGAAGCAGACGUUGGGAGUGGGUGAGGAUGAGGAGGUGGAGGAGGAGGAAGAGGAUGAGGCGGACGAGGGGGAGAUGGAGAAGGCGGAGGAGGUGGAUGCCAAUGAGGAGGAGGAAGAGAAGGAGCAUGAUGAGCUAUAGAGAGGGAGAGAGGAGAGGGGCACUAUAGAAGAUGAUGAUGAUAGUGUGGAGUAGAUGAGGAGGAGGAGGAGGAGGAGAGGAAGGAAUAUGAAAAGCUAUAGAGAGAGAGAGGGAAAAGAGAAAAAGAGGAGUAUAAUAAUGUGUAGUAGGAAGGAAGAGAAGAAUGGUUGAAUGAGGAAGUAAGCAAUUGGAAAUGAAAGAAAAGGGUGAAAAAGAGGAUAAGUAGUAGAAGAAGUGUUGAAUAUUGAAGUAAUAUGAGUAAGUAAUGAAUAGAAAAUAGAAAAAGAGAAGUAUAAUAAUGUGUAGCAGGUAGGAAGAGAAGAAUGGUUGAAUGAGGAGGUGAGAUAGAAUAAGAAAUGAAAGAGAAGGUUGAGAAAGAGAAGUGUGGAAAAUUAUUCAAGUAAUAUGAGUAAGUAAUAAAGAGGAGACACAAAGAGAAGAAGAUGAGUAGCUGAAGAAUGGAGAUGAGAGGAAAAUGAGUAUAAAUAGGAAGAAAAGAGAAAGGGGAAAGAGGUGAAGUGUAUGAGAAAUUCAUGAUGAUUAUAAAUGUGUGUAGGAGAAGGAAAAUAAAUGUAAACGAAUUAAAUCGAAUUUGUAUUGCUGAAGAAUGAUAGAGAGAAGAAUAUAGAUGAAUUUAAGAUAAGGUGUGCCCAGGAGAAUGUAUGUAUCUGAACUUAUAUGUGAAUUUGUGUAUUUUGUAUGAUUGAAAACUAGUGGUGAACUAUUACUACUAAUUAUGAAAGACUCACUCGCUUUGUGAUAUUGUUUGUGUGUGUGUGUGUGUAAGUGUGUGAAUGAGUGUAAAAGUCACUUGAGUGACACCAGUCACUUAUAAGUGAUCACUUCAAUAAGUGACACCAAAUACGUUGAGUACAAUAAUUACACCAGGUGAUUACAAUUUUGAGAGACUAUUGUUUUGCUAAAAUAGUUAUGUGUGUUCUAUUAUGUCGAUAGCCUUGAACCAGAAUGUAACCAUUAGGAAUUUAAUGUUACAAUAAUUCUAUUAUUUGUUGAGAGCUUUAUAUUAUACCUAUAAAAUCAUCAAAUGAUUAAAUGAUAAAUACUAAAGUAAGUUCAUACUGUAUUAAUAACAGUCUGAUUUCAACAUAGAUUAUUCCUAAAAUAUGAAUUCUAUUAUUAACAACAAAAAUCUUAGAAAGUUUCACUGUUUAUAAACCUGUCAUAUCAGUAGUACAUAAUUCUUCUGUUUCUAAAGGUAAAAAAUACCUAAAAUUUCAAGAUGCAUAGCUUUAAUUUCAUGUCAAUUCAAUUUAUAGUAAGUUUAUUUCAUUUGAACAUAAGUAACAGUUCAUAACUAAUUUUUUGUUACAUUCUGGUUGAUAGUUAUUGAUAAUCUUGUCAAUUCGAUUUACAAAGAAUUACAAGUAGCGCUCCCUGCGGCUUGUAUUAAUUUUUAUCGGUGUCUUUAAAUAUUGAUUCAUUUAUUAUAAUUUUGAGAACUGUUAUUUAUUGAUGAAUUUCCUUCUUUGUCCAUGCAUGUCUGGAAUUCUAAAAAGUUUCGAUAGAAUCUCUUGGAGAGUAAUUUGUAAAAUUCCAGACUCAUUCCAUGUAAAUGUGUGUGCUUGCUAGCACAGUAAAUGUUUUGAUUAAUAAAUUUGAAAUUUGAAUA